AGUCGGCCAAGAUGAUGCUGCUCCCCAGAGUCUGCUGCUGAGAGCCUUCAACUGGAGUGGAGGAUGGAGCGCCCUGGAGCUCUGCAGGUCAUCGCAGCCGCUUGCUUCAUUGCUGAGUCAGAGAUGAAGAUACUGAGUGACUAGGGAGAUCCGAAAUGAGUGCAUCAGAGUGACAUGUGGAGAAGCGUGCAGGCAAAGCCAGGGAGGUCGGAUGAUGAAGAAGUGACUGGAGGAUGAGAGAGGAAUGGUGGUGAGCCAGACGACCCUCCCGCCUGCCGUGACCAACACCACCGUCAUUCAGGACAUGACUGUGACCCCCGUGAUUCCCCUCAGCACCACCCCCGGGUGCUCCGCCUUCAACGUCUCCACAUGUGAGCCCUGCGCGCCAGGAUCCCAGUACGACAACAACACUUUGCUGUGCGCCUGCUGCCCAAACCCGGGUCUCUGUCUCUUCCCAGGAGCGUGUCUCCCCUGUGCCACCGGCUUCUUCCAGCCGCUAGCUGGUCAGCAGAGAUGCCUGCCCUGCAGCCGCGGCUUCUACACAAACUUCACAGGAAGCCCCCUCUGUCACGCCUGCCCCCCUGGGUCCUUCAGCAACAACACAGGGUCUGAGACUUGCACGAGCUGCUCCCCAGGAUCCUUCACGUCCCAGCGCAGCUCCACCUCCUGUUCCCCGUGUGCAGCGGGAACCUUCUGCAACAUGACGGGUUGUGCUCAGUGUCCGCUGUGUCCUGGGGGAUCUGAAGCUCUGCAGUCAGGGGCCCGGGGCUGCACGCCCUGCCGUCCAGGUAUGCACAAGCCUCCUCACCAGACCAUGUGUCAGAUCUGCAGCACUGGGUUUUACCAGGUCCACUGGGGUCAGGAGGACUGUGACAUCUGUCCGGAGAACCACUACUGCCCGAGUCCAGACGUGACCCCCAUCUUGUGCCCCAAUGACGCCUUCUGCCCAGCGGGAAGUCUGGGUCCUGGUUACUGCAUGGAAACCUUCUUCCGUAAAGCAGGAGACACGUGCGAACUGGCCCCGGUCACGAUCUCUCUUCUGGUCAUUGGAGGAGGAGUGGCUCUGCUCUUCAUCAUCUUGCUGGUUGUGCGGCGGCGGCGUGAAACAGAGGGGGAGCUGGCCGUGGCCCGGGCUCCGUUGCUGGGCAAAGAGAGACCACAGGGCCGCUACUAUGGGAUUCCCGGUGACGCUGAACCAGUGUACGCCGGCUGGUGAAGCGGCACAGAUACAGCACAGAACAGACUCCAAAUGUUUUUUUUUUUUUUACGUGGUUGUCAUUUGCCAGGUCCGAUUGCCUCCUUUCCUAUGACAAUCCUCCUUUCACCUCUGGACGGUUAUGAAUGUUCUACCAUUGCAUUUAGAUGGGUUUUGAAGGUGAACAACACCCUUGAAGUGCUUUUCUCUGAUGCUUUGUGCUCACCACUGGACUUACUGCCGCUCAUUAAUAAGUAAUUUAUAAUCCACUAUGAACCAUGGCCUCAGACUAAGAGGAGCUAUCUUGGAUGCAUGGAGACCUUCAUUGGUGGAUGAGAAGAAAAUGUUUCUUUUUGUUGUUGUGCUUGAUUUUUUCACUUGGAUUUUAUAAAGAUUAUAUUUGUACAGUUUCAAUUAAAUAAAUUAAGUUCAAGCUCUUGUCGCGGCAUUUUGAUG